UUUAGUAAACUGACCAUAAUACCAUUCUAGUGUCGACCAAUCAAAAGCCUGUAUUAAAAAGUCGGGCGGCCAAGUAACAGCCUUCAAGAAAAUAGCUUAAAGGUUACAAGCUUAGAUCCACGAAAUCAAAAACUUCAACUCGUACGAAUUUAUCACAUUUGUAAACAAAACACACACAAUUCAUUUCAUCAGAUAAUUUGUAAAACAUGGCCGAGAAAUUUAGUUAUCAUUCAUUUUGGGAAAUAGAAAAUUUUACUACCCGUAGGCAUGCCAGUUACAAAAUUUGGCCUUUUGAGGCAAGAGUAUUUGAUUCUUUUGGGAAAGUUUAUAAUCCAAGCUGUAUCGUUUCUUAUAAGAGAGAAGACAAUUCUAGGGAGAGAAAAAAAAGUGAAUUCUAUUUAAGUGUUGUUGAUGGUGCGUUUCCGAAAGACUUAAUAGUUCAAUGUUUGACUACAAUUAAAGUUGUAAAUAAUUCUAUUUACAAUAUAGGUGGUAAAAAUCAUGUAGAACAGGACAAAGUUUUCCUGUUUAAUGUUAUUACUAAUGGCUCAACUUUGAGGGUUGUUGAUGAAGUCAUGGAGUACUCACGUGAAGAUGAUUAUAUUGGAAUAAAAUUUACCUUGAUAAUGUUCUUUAGCGAUCCUGUUACUCCAAAACGGACCAUCACUCCUGCAAUAAAUGUUCCACGUAAAAGACGUUGUUAUUUAUGCUCUGCUUUUAAAAACCUAUAUGAUUCGAAAGAAAUGGCUGAUGUAACUAUUACUGUUGAUGGUGUCUCUCUUCUCGCCCACAAAUUAGUGCUUGUGACUCACUCUCCUGUUUUUAAGGCUAUGUUGGAUAACAAUUGCUUGGAAUCCAAUACGAAAAACAUCCAAAUUACCGAUGCAGAUGCCUCUAAUUUUGAUAAUUUUUUAAAAUGUCUCUACUACAGUGAAAUCGGUGACAAAAGUUAUGAUAUGGUUCGUAAUCUGUACGUGCUUGCAGAUAAGUAUGCGGUUGAUGGUCUUAAAGAAGAUUGUAGAGACAUACUGGAAGCUGAAUUACAUGAAGGUACUGUUUGUCAACUUCUUGAGAUGUCUCAUUUGUUUAAGGAUGAAACUUUGUCUGAAAAGGCGGUUGAAUUUAUUAAACAAAAUUUUUCUGCAGUAAGUAAAAAACCAGAAUGGUUAAUAAUAUGCAAAGAUCAUCCCGAAAUGGCAUCAGAUGUUUUGAGAGAAGUUACCUUAUUUUUGGAUAAUAAGUCAAAAUCAAAUUAAAAAGUAAGACCAAAAUGAAAGUUUUUUAAAAAAAAUAUUUUUUUGGCUAACACGUUUAUUUUUUUAGUGUGGUCAAAAAUUCUUUUUAAAAUGUGCUGUAUUAUUUUCUGUAGUGAUUAAUCAUCAAUUUUAAUCUCAUGUUGUUCAAAAAGUAAUAUAAAAAGUUUUAAUUUUGGAAGAAUUGAUUCAGUGUAAUAAAUUUGUAAUAUUUUUUAUUUGGGCAACAUUAAUAUUUCUAAUUUUUGCAAAUUAUAGUAUAAUUUCUGCCUUUUUUUCCUUCAUAAAUCACUAAGAAUACAAUACUCCUUUCUUAAUUUUAUAUUGCAUUUUCCUUAAUUUUUGAAAGUUGUCUUAUUUGUUCUCCUUUGUUUUGGCUUUUUUGUGGUCAAACAGUUAUUUCAGUAGUUUAAUUAAGCAAUUACCCAUUAUGUUCUUGAUGUUUACUGAAAUGUAGGUUUUUUUUAUCUCUUUUAUUUAUUGCAAUUUAUUUAUAUGAUUAUCUCUCCAAUUAUGAAUCAAAUAUAUUUCGUAUCAUAAAUGAAUGAAAUAAGUACUAUGGUUUUUCUGUUCCAAAACUCAAUUCAUUAAAAUUAGUUUUUGUUGCUUCAUCAUUUGCAUUUUUUAAUUGUUAAUAUUCUAACUUGCUUGCAUUUAUAUGCAGUUUUCUAUCAGUUUGCCUUAUUUUAUGAGUGUUUCAUUGUAUUUGUAUACAUUUUUUUAUAGUCUUGUAUUUUUAUAUAGUAUUCAGGGGUCUGUCCAGACAUUUUGUGAAAGGUCCGUUUUUCGUGAAAUU